UGGGCUGACCGGGUUAUAAAACCUGAAAGGGUUCAUCCGGAGCCCACCAAAGAUCUUGAGGACGCCUGCGAGAAACUUCUCAAGGGUGAUCCUGUGACCGGGAAACCUUAUGCCUAUGGAGGCUGGGUAUUCCGGCUAUCUAACCCGGAUGGGGGUGCGUCUGCGACCCAUGACGCUGAGGAUAACCGGGCUGAUUCCCCGGAUGGUCACGCUGAGGACGGCUCUCCUCAUCCAGCCACCCAUCUCUCCGAAAGUGACCGGGUCCCUUAUCCCAAGAAGGAUGCCAAGGCCAAAGGGAAGGGGACCGGUCAUUCUUCUUCUCAGAAAAGGAAGAGUUCUCACAAGACUUCUAGGGGGGAAAAGAGGAAGAAGGUCAGGCUAUCAGAUCUAGAAGGGGAGUCCAUUGAAGUGACAUUUUUAUCCUUGGCCCAGAAACUCAGCAAGGUUGGAGUUCUAUCCGAAGAAGUUGGCCGGUCACUCCUGGAGUCCAAGGACCAGGUCUCCGAACUUACCCUCCUUCUUGAUUCUGCCAAGUUGGAGAUCAAUGACCGGGCCGAGAGGGAGAAGAGACUUGAAGAGGAGCUGAAGGAAGAGAGGGCCAGGCUAGACGAGGAAAGAGCCAACCUGGUGGAGGCGAAGAGGAAGUUGGUAGAGCUGGAGGAUGCCUUGGCCCAAGCUGAAGAGACUGCCCGGCCCACAGAAAGCCUUUCAAUGCUAGCCUUUUCCAGCGUCUCAAUCCUGGCCAACUUGGACACAUGCUCCGGGGCUGCUUGCGUCAAUUUUGAUAGCAAGUCAGCAUCCGUGUUUUCCCCCCAAGGGAUUUGCUCCAUCACAUACUCAGUCAGAUCCUUCAAUAAUGCCCUUGCCAAGUCUCUGUACUUCUGCAUCUUCUCUCCUUUGGCCUCCAUGUUGCCAUUGAUGUGGCCUACCACUAAGCUUGAAUCGGACUUGAUCCUGAGGCAUGUGAUUUGUAGGGUUUUGGCCAAUCUCAGGCCCCCUAUCAAUGCCUCAUACUCCGCCUCAUUAUUU